AUGAAAAUCGAUUAUCCCAAUGUCAUAGUGAGUUUACAUUCGUCGGUGGCGCGUCGUAGUAUUUGUGCCCAGUCAAGUUUAUUGACAAAAGAUACAAACACACGAUGUAGUUAUGUUAAUUGUUGUUACGCCAUCAUCCCUCCGUUGAUCGCACCGCACAUCCGCCGGCUUGCCGCGCGAGAAACGAUGAGCAAAAGGGGCACAAAUGAUAACCACGCAUACGGCUCGGUGAACCGAGCGCAGUCGACGCUCAGCGUCUCCGCCGUCGACUACUACCUGCACCUGCCGGGCCCGCCGUCGCCUGCGAUGUCCACCGUCACGCUUACACCGGGCAGGAUUCGCAACAUCGACCAGGACAUGGAGGCGCUGAAGGCUUCCAGGGCGGAUAAUCCUUUCAUUCGGCAAGUGAUUGCAAGUCGCGAAUCGCUCGCCGACUGCCUCGACGAGGUGGAGUCCGACGACGCCAACCUCAUGUCUCAGGAAUUCCCGACUGAUCUGGACGUUGAUCCGCUGUCGCUUCCAGGCAUGCACGAGCACAUGAUCCGCAGUCCGCCGCCUGUAAACUGGCCAAGGUCUCCCAAUCAUCGAUUCUUUCAAUUUCCGAGCACAGAAGAUGAAACGCUUCAAGUAGAAGUCCUGAGUAAGGAUAAAAACAAGAAUAAGAAUUGGGAGACGACGGACCAUUCGCCGAUGCGUGGUGCCUAUCAAAAGUCCUACCAGGAUCGAUUCUCGAUCCUGACGCCCAGCUCGCUGCGCUCGGGCGAAGACAGCAUUCGCCUCAUGUCAACGGAUGAAUGAAAAGGCAACAAAAAAAUUAUUGAUUCGUUUGUGAUAUAGUUUUCUAGUCGAUGACGUUAGCAAUUAAUGUUGGAAGAAGAAGAAACUCGCGUGAUUGACUCGGGCGUUAUUUUUAGGAUAUUUUUACUUGGAACUUGGAAAUCAAAUCGUGCUUUAGCGCUGUACUUUUAAUGCACGGGGUACGUAAUUAGUUCAUCUUCGAGUUUUUUCAAUAGUUUUACUCUCUGUAUAUCGCUGUUGUACGACAACACUAUUCCAUGUUAUGUAAUUUUAAAUUAAUCCUAGCCGAAGGAAUUCGAAGCCGCAUAGCGAUAUUUUUAUACAGAAACAAUUUCGUUCCAACUUGGUUUCGAUUUUGAUGUUUUCCAAACCACACUAAAUCUCACCGCCGCCAAUUAUAAUUAUUAGAACUACUCUAUUGUGUGAUGUUUUGGUUGCAUAUCUUGCAAAUUGUUUAGAUUCCAAUAUUUUUACACGCACACAACCACUCGUGUAACGUAAAUGUGAAAUGUAAAACAUUGCAUUUAGCCACAAUUAAUCGAUCUAGUCAAUAAUACAAAGUGAAUUGUUUAAGCAAAUCGCGCUAGCGUUAGUGCAGUUUGUGCAUUUGUUAGGAGCAUAUCAAAUUGGCGCAGGACGCAAAAAAAAACACAAAUUUAAACAAAUUGGCAAUUGAAAAAAUUUAAAUUAUAGCGAAAUUAUUUGCAUCAAAUGCAAAUACCAGUACUAGAUGAAUUCUAAGUCGACUAUAUUACUAGUCGACGUGUUAUUAAACAUUGAAGCGUAAGUAAACAAACAAAAACAAUUGAAUUGAAUCUGUUUUACUCGUAUUGGUUAAAUCUGCCUUGGCAGGUGCUAACAAUUUAUGUGUGAUGUUACAUUCGGAGUAUGCAAAUGUAUGUCCAAUUGAUUAAUAAACUGGAUAUUAACUACGAUUAGUAAGUAAAA